AUAAACCGCAAAAGAGGGGUUGCCAUGACGACAGUGUUGCGAGAGUUUCAGUCAGUCAGCCGCACCGAAAAGAAAAUAGUUUGGUCGGAACAGAAACUAUUUUAAAAGAUUGGAUAAAAUAAAAUUAUUCAUAAUAAGCUUCAAUGUGGUGGUAAAAAGACGCUACAAGAUGGGAGAUGUUGGACAAGAGCUAGCGGACAAUGGCCAUCAUGGGAACUAUCUAUUUUGAUGCUAGAGCCCUCACAAUAACCCUAAAAAACCACCAACAGUGUUCUGUUUACAUGACUGACUUAUAUAUUAACCAAACUACAGCAAUAUUGUUAUUGGAGCAGCUAACAUGAAAAACUAGAGCUGGCACACGAACACAACACCCCGCCAGCCGCAAGUCUCAGCGUCACUCACAGAUGGAAGAGUGGACACCUAGCUCUCAAUUUCACUAUGAAGACUCAACAAGACGCUCGUUUCCUAUGAACAUUAUUUUACCUGAGGACUACAGCAAACAUAUUGUGCUGGAAGACACAGCCAUCCCAAUGAAAGCAGACAUUCAUAACUCCUGUGAGAUAGAGGGCAAAGAAAUCAAUCCCAGAACUCACUGAUGGGUGGGCGGGGUCUUUGACAAGCAUUGGUUUCUUCUCAAGCAUUAGAGGAGCUUAGAAGUAUGCAUGGAUCAGAUGAAGAGAUUCUAGAUGAGAAAGAGGCAGCUGAGGAGCAGCUUUACAAAGCACAAAGGUUUCAUGUGGAUGCUCUUCUUGACAUCAGUGAGGAGGCCUUUAUGAAAGAAGUGGAGCCAUAUGAGUAUCACUGUUACCCUGGAUGGGAGGAAGCUGUGCGCGGAUGGGACAGAGUGGCUCCAGUCAGUGGAAUUCUUCUUCCUCAGAAGAAGGACAAGAAACCAAAGCAGCGCAAGGAGACAUCAGACAAUCCUGCCCCUUCACAUGUUGAAGCAACAACCUCUUGUGCAGACGCCUUAGCCAGUGGUGGUGAACACUGCAUUGAGUUCCAAUCGACCACUCAUAACUUGAAGAAGUCAAUGCCGCCUUGCCAGAGGGUACAACCAGAGUCUCCGGAAUGGCACGUGCUGGAUGGCGCGGAGGAAGACUUGUCACACCUCUUACAGGAGGAGAGGGGUCAUCUCAGUGGGAUUCCUUUGCACCUUCAACAUCUGCCUCCAAACAUGUCAAAAGGCAAGCCUUCUAAGCCCUCAAAACGCCAGCAUCAGACUAAAAGUACAGUCGUUCCCAUCACAAACUUCACAUUUUUACCACCUAUUAAAUGAAAGCCAAAGGUCAGCUCUAUAUUACAUAAUGAUUAAACAAGGGACAGUGCAAGACAA